CAAUAUUAUUCUCGGGGUGGCUGGUUCUCCUAGUCGUGUGCUGGCCAAUAUCAGGACGGGCGGAGUCCAAUCUGCACUGCGAUGCGAUGCCAUACCAUACCAUGCCAGGCCCUGCGGAGAUACGACGUGACGGCAUGAACUGGCGACGCGGGCAAGAGAAACGACGAUGUAAAAUGUUGGUUUCUGAGGUGAUGUUGGAACUAGCAUUCGGGGAUUCUGGCCGUCGUACGUACGUGACGUCGAAUCAAGCCACCAAGCCACUGUGCCCCCCGGCGCUUAAAUGUCUCUCGAUGCUCGAUGCUCGAUGCUCGACACUUGCACGCCCACGCUUGGCAACGCCCUGCAGCCUUCAACUCCAACUCGCGCCGUCCCGAUGGCACAGCAGCAGUUGUCACGAUUCGGUGUGCAACACAGGCCCGAAGCUGGCGCCUGCACUUUCAUUAUCAGUGGCCAGCGCCCUCUCGUCUUACGCCGACCAGCUAAGCAUUGCCUCGAUCUGGUGCGAUUAGUCGCGUCUCUCGCGUCGUGUGGCUAUCGCAGAGCGCUUAUACUCGCGUUCGUAUAUGUUCACCAUCUGUAUGCUGUUCCGAGCGAUCGUCGAGUCGAGAGGCACAGUUGGAACUGUAGAUCCAAGUCUGGAUCUCGGCCGAGAUGCCUUUCUUCACCAUGCGCAGCGGCACAAGACUUUUUCUCCGCCGGGUCGUUUACCACACUUGGUAACACGAGUCGACGAACUACUCAAGACCUACCUAGUAGCAUGAAGAAGUCUUUUUCCCUUCGAGAAGCUCUCAAGGGUACCCAAGAACAAUCUAGACAAGGCGUCCAGAAUGGAAAAGUCUCUUGGAACAUGAGCCGCGGCACUGCAGCAAAGCAAAGCCCUUGUACCCGGAAGGCUUAACAUUCCCGUUAAAGGAGUCAAUUCUUAUUCCCUGCGCAAAGAGAGACAUUUAGGGGUAUACGCAACGAAUCUACGUGAUAGCAUCUUUCCUCUUGCGGUCAUGAUCACUCGAUGAGUGUCUCCCUUAGCGAUUGUAUGAUGGACUCCUCGCAACCCAGUCAUACCUUUCCCUUUGCCAUUCAACGGGAGCCAAUGCCAGGCAACCAACAAUCUCGGUCCGGCAUUCCCUGGAAUCCCUCGAGUGAGGACUCCCCACCGUUGCCACCAUAUGCAGACGAGCACUCGAAUGGAUCUCUCU